CGCAGUAGUGGGCUUGGCAUUACAUUAGAAAUAAACUUGAAACAGCCAGGUUCUAAUCUUUACAGAGCGUUUGGCGUUAGACACUUUGGACGCGUUGCUGUUCUUGAGGUUAGUGGAUCGUCUGUAUAGGGUCAAAGCAUGGCAACGCAGGCGUCUCUGUUUGAAAUAACCGGUGAAAUUAUUGAAAUACUGACCUGCCCUAUCUGCUGUGAGAGGUAUGACGAUGCUGACAGGGCUGCAAAAUUUCUGCCGUGUCUGCAUGGAUUCUGUCUGGUUUGCCUCGACAAUCUCACCCGACGCAACCCAGGCGAGGUGGAUUUCCAGUGCCCGUUGUGUCGGCGUGAUACAGCCAUUCCAAGGGGAGGCGUGCGGGAAUUUCCAGACAACUUCAUCGCCAAGAAGUUGAAACCGUUGGAACGUAUUCUGAACGUGGAUGUGACCAGGCCUGAAGGUCUCCGCUGCGGCUCGUGCAUCGUCGAUGGGGACCCAGCGGUCAGUUUCUGCUCUGACGCUGGCUGCGUUUGCUUUCUGUGUGAGAGCUGCGAUCGUGCCCACCGCACGAUGCAUAUGUUUGAGGGUCACAUCGUCAGCUCGUUGGAGCAACUGCAGCAGCGGUCACACAUCCCCCUGCCCAGGCAGACGUUAAAGUGCGAGCAGCACAGGCAAGACCUGUCCAUGUUCUGCGACGAAGAGAGCUGCCAAAGGGCCAUGUGCUUGGUAUGCUUUGCAACGGCCCACAACGGCCAUUCUGUCCUGGACCUGGAAAGGAAAUCAACGGCUGUCAAGGAGGAGUUGAAAAAUCUAGCCGGUGCUGUUGCGGACAAAAAAGUGAAAUGUGAGGGGAUCUCCAGAUACAUUGACACCGAAAUUAAGCAGACCGCUGACCUAUUGGUGGAAAUGUCGUCUACUGUUUCUUCUCUGUUUGAUAGCCUGAAAAGCAAGCUCGAGACCAGAAAAGAGAACGUUCUAGCGGAUUUGACAGAAGUGUGUUUUAAGAGGACAAAUCAACUCAAGCACCAAAACAGCCAGACCAAGUUAAUUGCAGCACAGAUGGACUCGGCUAGCCAGUUUGCCGAUAAAGCAUGCGAAACCGGCAGCCCUGUAGACCUCCUCAUGGCAAGGGGACAAAUCAUCUCGCGGCUCCACGAGCUCAUUGCAGUCGAUGUGGAGAGGCCUGUCCUGUUCAGUCCGACUGGGGAGUCUUUCAUUAUCCUCACAGAGAGACAUGGCCGUGUCCUGUCCAAGAUUGAGGAGCUUAUUCCAAGCCUUGGGCAUUUCGGUGCCUCCAACGUUUUUCCAGAGCAAAUUCAAACGUUGAAACUCGACUUCCCGAUUAAGUGUGGGACACCCUGGGUUGUUGGAGAAAUUAACAAAGUCCGUAUUCGUGCUGACGGUCCCUCCAGCACAUCUCUAGAUAGACUUCUUGGGAUGAUACAUGCUUACUUGGAGUCACCGGAUGGUAGCAGGAUAGAAUGCAAAUGUGUCGAAAUAUGUGGGGACUGCUUUGAGUUGGCGUUAAAACCAUUGGUGGCCGGCUUGCAUCAGCUGAAUAUCAGCUUGUCAAGGGUUCCGAUUGAAGAGAGCCCGUUCCUGGUUGAUGUUGUUCAGGUUUCCGAAAACCAAGAUCCUGGUGUUGAAAUCAUCUUGAGCGACGCUUUCGCAGGAGCCGAGCACGUUGUCUUUUUCAAACUCAGGGGGCCAUCGUCCCGUCGAACAAGGUUGAGCAGCUUGUCUGCGCGGUACUUCAUGCCCGGCCGUGACCAAGUCCAAGCAGGGGAAAGCUCCACAGAAGCCAACUCAGACCGAUCGCGGUCUGAGUCCGAAGCUUGGGUCGAGGAGACCGACGAGCAAGGAACUUACCGAUUAGUCUACACCCCACCAGCUGCUGGCAAGGUUUACCUCACCAUCUUCGUGGACAGCAAACCCACCACCGAAACCCCUUUCGUUAUCAACGUCAACCCUCUCAACCCAAACUCAACUCAAGUAGUGGGGAACAUUAUGGGCAAAUGCCCCCCUCUUACCGCAGUCGUAAACAUGCCGUACACAGUGACUUUGACGACACGGGAUUGGGAAGGAAAGCGCCUGACCACUGGGGGAUACAAUGUCACCGCAAUGAUAAACACACCAAGACACCCUGACAGAUGGCAACAGGCUGAAGUCGUCGACAAUCAGGAUGGCAGUUACAAAGUAAUAUUCACACCUCGGUCAAAGGACAGACACAUUGUGGACCUCAAGAUCUGCGGCUACAAAUUGGAGCCAGGGAUGCCACUAAUAAUAGCCGUAGAGGAGAGCUUACCAUUUAAGGAUCCUCCAGAUGGCUACGCGGCCCCGUCAGGAAUGGCAGUGGACAUUGACAAAGGCAUUGUGUAUGUGGAAGAUGCAAAGCAAGGUUGCAUCCAUCGACUGGCAACCGACGGCGGUUUCAUGCCCGGUGGGGCAAUAAGUAUCAGUGUGCGCAAAAAACUGCAGAUUGCUGUAAACUCCGAAGGGAAACUUGUGUUGUUGGUGCCCAACUUGAGGUGUGUUAUUACAUGUACCGCGCAGGGAGAGGAGGAACACAGGUGGGUCUGUGCUGGAGACAAUGCCAAACCAGUAAACGUCAUUGUAUCAUCAAGUGGCAACGUGGUCAUUGGCGACAGCAAAUCGCAGACUUUGUUCAUUUACCGUGCCACAGGGGGCGACCCCUUGUGUCGCAUACCGCUUCCGCCUAAGUCCCUUACUGCAGGUGUCAGCAACGUCUGCGUGGAGCCACACACAGACAACAUUAUCGUGGCUACACACUCAGAGCCUUACAAGCUGCUUGAGUUCGCUGCUGACGGAGGGAGGACUGUCUGGAACUCCCCAGCCCAGAGCAACCAGCUAGCCCUGGCGUCGAUGCCGUCGGGCGCCACGAUCGUCGCGGUGCUGGGCAGCGUGUUAGUCUUGGGUCCUGGUGGUCCAGUGGUGGUCAGAAAAUUCCCGACUGAGUACAUCUACACGGGGUUGGCAUUGGCUGAGGAGGGGUUCUUCCUGGCGUUCGAUCCCGGGGAGAAACACCUUGUUAAAUACAGCUAUACUUCUAACCAAUCAGACAACGAGGGAGAGAUACCAGACAGCAAAUGACUUGGGAAUGUAAAACCAAAGUCCAUCCUACCUUUUGCAAAGUAAGAAAUGGCAGCAUCAUGUAUUUAGCUACAACAAUCAGGUACAACUUUUCUGGGUAUGUACUUACUAAAAAUACUUGAAAGACUUCAUUUCUGUGAACUUUAAUACCCCAAAGUGCAUGCAAUUUCACAACGAAUUAUUAACAAUAGCUUUUGGUGCUCACGGUCUUCUUGAUAUUUCCAGUUCUACAAAUUAUUUUUUUUCUCUUGUCGUCACUCUUUAUCGAAUGGAAAUAAAACCUGUUACCUUUUUAAACUUUUAUCAUCGAUUCAAAAUAUGCAAACCGUGUUCUCCAAAGAGUAGAAAUUACGCGUAUGACAGGCAUAAGGGGUAAAUAAUAAACAGGAAUUGUUCAUGCAUUGUAUACUCACUGAGUGACCAUCUUUAACAGUGUUACCAAGGGAACCAAUAGUUAAUUUCAAUUGUUUAGACCAGAGAUAACUUGAGCGUUUCAUUCAGUAAAGGUGUAGAUCCAAAACAUUUCCUACCAAAUCACCAAAGCAGCAGGAACGCCUACUUUCACACAAUUUCAGAUUUUGUUUUUAAUUCCCUGGCAUUCAGGCAGGCUAAUUCCGAGAGCACAACACAAAGCUGUAUAGAGAGAGUCGCUGCCUAAAUAAAAGGAGCAGUGUGUGAAUAAUCUGUCUUAAAUGUGCGUUUAAGACCGGCUCAUGAGAAUGCACGCGACUGAUGCCUAAGCCGCAGGCGAGGGCAUUAUCAGCAGUCAGCUAUAUCUAUUCCCAUGCAUAAAUACUGCUUUUGUCAGAUAGUCGAUGUUGGUUGUCAAUUGGAGCUGAUUUAUGUCAAUUUAUGGUGAGGAGGGAUGACCCAGUCAUUAAUUUAAAAUAAACCCUGUCGACGAAAUACCUUUAUUUCAAAACAAUUUAAAAUUGUACACAGAUUUAUUUGAUUAAAUAAAUGUCAAAGCCUAAUACACUUUACGUGUCAUUACCAGCUGUUGCUUAUAACCACUCUUAUCCUGGUACAACUCUGGCUAAUUGUCUCAUUCGAAGUGCAUAUAGCUGUCGGGUCUGUGCAUGUACAUAUAAGUCACCUGUGGACUACAUAAUGAAUAUGAAAACAAGUACUCUGACAACUGGUGCAAUUAUCAACACAGCGCGUCCACUUUUAGACAGAAAGUAAAGUUGUAUUGUGCGCCAGAAUAAGCACUCCCACCCGUGUUUUACUACAUGUACAUGUACAGUACGAUGCCCUCAGUACAGUAGAAUAUACAUGUACAUAAGACGACCCAAUGCACAUACUCCAUGAAUGCACCAGUAGUGUACACGAUACAUUCCCACAACUUUGGAAAGCUUAAACGACUCAAUACGAAAGGUGCACGCUGAAAUCUAUAAACACAAAUCAAAUAUGCGAUAGUGACAACAACUACCAUUUAUCAAUAUCACCUAACAUCCGUCAAUGUCACCUCAUAACAUCUAUCAAUGUCACCUCAUGAAUAGAAGAUGUUACCUGUUGUCACUGUUGUAUAUUUGAUCUGAUUUAUUGUAUAUUUGAUUAGUGUUUAUAGAUUUCGGCGUGCACCUGUCGUAUACGAGUCGCUUAUACUUUCCAAAGUCGUGUAAAUGUGUCGGGUACUAUACUGGUACAUGUAUAUACCUGCAGUAUUUGCACUGAGUGGUCUUACGUUCAUUGCACUGCAUACUGAGGGCAUUGUACUGCGUCUGCACAUUACAUAUCCCUGAUGAGGAGAUUAUGCAGUAUUCCCCAAGAACCAGGACCCCAUGCCUACUCUGAAUACGACUUAUCCCCCCUCCCAAGAAUGCAGAAAGUAGCCUGAAAGAAUGCACCGAUUUAGCGUUCUGUCAGUGGUGUGUCGCGUUGGAAAAAGAGGAUAAGACCAUGCAAUGGUGCAUGUGUGCUCUUCUGAGUAGACACACAACCCCCCCUAGGAUUUGUCUAUGAUAAUUACAAUAAAGAACACCGUUUCUGACUACAUGAACAAAAGAGACAUAAAGGCAAGAUAAAUGUCUCUACCGUAGACACUCUUUAGAAGUCAAACUUUAACCAAAAGUAUUCUAACUUUGUUUCUAAAAGGGACAUCCCAAGGGGAGUAAGCACCGUAAAAAGAAGACGCAAGAACAUUCAUUAAUGAUACAUUCUCUUUAUGAAUAAUUAAUUGUGUCGUGCUGAAUGGAAAGUCCACAUCCCUUUGUUCCUUUGUUCAAGUAUUAAACUUUCAUUUUCAAGAACACCCCCAUCUCUUUUACGGUAUAUUCCAAGUGCAAGUAGUCCAUAAGAAUCUCCUAUAAAGUGCAUGACAGGUUCCGUGUGUCGUGUUGCACACAAACUCUUGACCAACAGGAAUGGAUUAAACUGUCUGUUUAUCCAAGUGCCGGCGCGAUUUUACGCUGCAGGCAUUAUCAAAUGUUAAUAUAUGGUCACGUUGCAAUUUGCUGAAUAGAGAAACUGUCUACAAUAGUUUAUGAAUACUGAGUUACGCAUCAGUUCUCACGAACAAUAGUCACACACAUCGGCAUGCUGUACUACUCUUAUAAUGAACGGCCAUUUAGGUUCCAAAGUCUAGAGUUGGAGCUACUCUGUCCAUAAACAGCUCUGGCACAGGAAGGACAUAAGCCCACUUAUUUAUAAACUUUCUACCUUGGCCCUGGGACAAAGGCACAGUACAGACCGAUUUCCCUCCCGAACUCAUCCCCUCUACCAGACAGGGUACGUUCCAAUGAGUUGCUACCUUUGGAUAGUCAUUUCUCAAGUCUGGCAAUGUAUGUCACAAGAUUUCAAUCACCUAACACCUAAUUGAAAUACCUAGUCGAGCUCAUGUGUAAUGUUUAGAGUAUAAGGGUAUAGGGUAUUUCGCUAAUCUUUUCAGGAGAGCAGUUACUUCGGGACAGGCCUCCCCUCGCUUCAAUUUGUUGGUAAUGGCAUAUUUUUUUGAAAUUCAGGGUAAGGAGUCUCAACGUAAAAACAGAUUAAACUGACAGACGUCAGUGGUGUUACCAGUCCCCUGCUAAGACGGUGCAGGAUAUUGCAACGUCAAGACUAUUGAUAAUUAUUUAUUACAACAGUAUAGAUGACACGUUGCUGUGACGUUCAGCAGCUUUUAGCGAUGGUAAAUGGUUCUAUUUCAUUGCUUGUUUUGACAAUAUUGUUCAUAAAACGUGUCCAUUGGUCUUUUUCCAACGUCUGCUUAAUCAUCGCAUAUGUGUAACCAAUGUUUCUCUUUUUGCUACAUAAUUCUGGACUAGUUACAUGACUAUAGGUGAUGAAUAAACAGUGUUUGAAUUAAACCUACAACGCUCCAUGAAUUGUUUACAUGACGUGUCUAAAAUGUUUCUUGAAGAGAAGACUAGCCGUGAAUGCUGAUACACUCUCUGGGUUCCUAAUGUGAGAAGAUAUACGGUGGAUUGUUCCAUUGGAAAAGAACAGUACUGGAAUAACAAACCAACCUGUUCCUAGGCUUCUUUUGAGACUUACGACCAUCAGAAGAACGGUGUCUCUCAAUGGCUUAAAAUUGGAGUGUUUUUCGCGGACAAUUUACCCUAAAGGUCAGAGGAUUGGCCAAGCGAAACGCAGUCUUUACUUUGGAUUUCUGUGUACCUAGCUCAACUAUAUAUUUCGUUAAUCAAGAAUUUUCAUACGUAGGAUAGAGUUUAUACUCAAGGACAGGCAAAAACUGCAAUGUCCAGGUUACAAAUUGGUUAUGUAAUCUGUGUUUUGUGAGACUGAAUUAGUUAUGGUUCAUUUUAAGCAAUCGUUGGACAAUGUUAACCGAAUUGGUGGAUUAGAAUGAACCAUAAAUUAACUUUAACCCAGCAGGUUUGGUUGAUUAAACAUCUAUUGGUUGGUUUGAGUUUUCCUCUCCACUGAUGUGUUUCUCUUUUCUGAGAUGUCAAAAACUUUCAUAGCUAAUGUCGGUUUUCGACAUUUCAAAGUUACAUGUUUGAGCAUUGAUUACAGGAGAUUUUAUUUGAUUUUUAUGACUUGAAUAAAGGUAUGAAAUCAUUUAGAAGUAAAGUUUUCUCAUCUGAAGCAAGAAAAGACAGGCACGUAAUAAUCCAGGUGCUUAUGAAAAUGUC